ACCGCUGUCGUCUGCUUGAAAAUGAAGUGCACAUGCGCGUUUGGGCGUGAACAAACGUGUAUACUUCGGAAUGAAGUAUUUGAGAGGAUCAGUCAAAGGGAACCCUAGAAAUUAAAAACAUGACUGCUCUAAUGAAAUUUUCCAAUAACCUCACAAGGAAGGUCUCCAGGCAGAUACUUCGCACCUGCCUACUGAUUUCCUGAUUAUAGACGUGUGCGUACGUCCUUGCGCACAAACAGAUAAAUAGCUAAAUUUUGUGGGUUGAAGGUACAAGAGAAAGUUGGACUUGGAUUGGAUGGAAUGGAUUACAUUGGAUUGGAAUGGAUAAGAACUUAAGAACAAAACUUAUAAGUUACCCGUUUGCCUGAAAAAACAUUAACGUUAAGAUGAAAUCAAUGCAGUUCACAGACAUGCAGAAAACCUGCACCGAACCAAGGACCAGUAUUUAAGUAUGCACGCUUUAAAGGCAAUGUGUAGGAUUUGCAAGAUCUCAAAAAUGAAACUGUCCAAUUAUCUUGAAAUAGCUUUCUGUAAAGUAAGUACAUAUUUGUGUCAUACCAUCUGUAAAAUCUUACCGCCAGAAAUGCUGUCAUUUUGCGAAGACAUGUUUUUUUUUCUCAGACGGACGAUCUUUUGAAAACACAAUUCGUUCAAAUACCAAAACGGGCGCAGUGAAAAUGUGUGUAAAGUAUUGGAAGAGUCUAUGUGAACAGAUAAUAAACAAACUGCCAAUACGCCUUCUGACGAGUUUUGAUGAGUUUAAGCUUACCGAAGUCUUCGGUAAGCCUAAACUCAUUAUUAAGUAAAUAAAUAUAUAACCGUAACUAACAUACAAAAGAAGAAUUUCGACUGGUUUAGAAUUAAAGUUUCUGUAUGAAACUUUGGAAGUUGAAUAUAUCAUCUCGCUAUCACCCUUUAGAUAAUGAUAUGGUCCAAACCAGUGUCCGUUCCUUCGGAGCUCCGUACCGAAGCUUGUUUUCUUCGAACAGAAUCUCCAAAUUGGAGGUAUUAAUGGAUAUCUCCAAAUUGGAGGUAUUAUGGAUAAUGGUAUGGUCCAAACCAGUGUCCGUUCCUUCGGAGCUCCGUACCGAAGCCUGUUUUCUUUGAACAGAAUUUCCAAAUUGGAGGUAUUAAGCUUGCUGUGUUUCCAAAAACGGCAACUUUCAUGCCCAAAAUGCAAUGGUAGUCACCAUAUUGUUUAUUUAUGAAGUGUUUAUGAUGGCCACUGACGCUGUGAUUGUGUGGUCGAUCGUGUUUCGAAACAUGGUGCCUUGUGUGCACAUGUAUACACCCAACGCCAUCAUAUCCUACAUUAUGUGGACUUCUUUCGUGAAGAGGUCCACAUUAUGUAUGCCACACGCCUGCACAACGCCACCAUACCCUAUAUGGACUUCUUUUGUGCAGAGGUCCACACUAUGUACGGGUACACGUGACUUCUUACUCUGUGUAAAAUUUGCAUCUUUUUACACACGACACUUAGAUUCUUGCGCACGACUCUGGGAGGAAGUCAUGUGAGCUUUGAGAUUGAAGAUUCCCAUCGUUUGAGCUGUUCAACGACGCUCAUAUUUUAUUAAUUUCUAAGCCUCUAAUUCCUAUAAGUUGAGAAGAUUUUCCCUAGCUCGUCAGUGUGGUGUGGCGGACCAAACCCUUUUGCUGAGCAAACCUAACGUAGUGCGGUGGUUCGACCCUUUCCAAGAGACGUGCGAUGGUAACCAUUCUUAUGGCGAAGAAAUGUAACCAUAUGAAUGCCCAGUUAGCUUAGCUUGGACCGAUGCGACAGCGGUACGAACUAGCUCAAAGUGCUAGUGAGAGUCAUAGCGGCCCGUCACCGCCACAUCCGAACCGAUUGCCAGGCGAGACACCCCCGUGUCCCUCGUCACCCUUGUCUUGCUAACAAGCCCCAGUCCUCCCGACUCUACAUAGUGCGGCGAUUCUGUCAUUGCGCUCACCACAUUGCGGUCUGAGCGGCAGUGCGGUCGGUACAUACCAGCGCUGGCCCUGUCCAGCUAUUGCUUGUCACCGUGGUGGCCCGGGACAGCUCCCACCACGGUGCGGCCCAAUGAGUGUAGCCUAGUUGUGCGAUGCGACACACCCGUACCGUACCGAUCCAUCUGACUUGCAUUUCCAAUGGUCCUGCCAAACCGUAGUUCAGUUACACUUGCAUACAACUUCGCCUCUCUAUAACUUUACCUUUCAUGUGUUGUAUUAUGUUAAGCUACACCUUCUUCAAACCCAGAUUGGACUUUGAUAAAGAGAAAUGAUAGCAAUAAACCAAAUAUACAGUAUGACUGUCACCCAAACCCCUUGUAUCCCGUCCACCUUUUAAUAAAUUGUUCACCCCAAAUAUCACAUCCUGUAGACACUAGAAAAGUCCAUGCUACCACCAACCUGAUAUUUAAGGAACGCAACGAUACUACAGCUAGUCAGAGAAACGCCACCUCCGGCGUUGAAAGGUUUUUUUUUAUUACCCAUAGCCCGACCAACACGUUUAAAAAAAAAAAAGAAAAAUUACAUCAAGAAUUUUGUCGCCUCAACAGACUGUAAAAACCAAUACAUGAUUACAUAAGAUAUAAGAUGCGGCCCUCGAGUCAAGACCCAUCAAUCAAAAUGGAUUGAUGGCAGAUGUCGCUGGUAAUUGCGAGGUGAUUACACAUUGAGGGACUAUUCUAUAACCAUUUUGCAAAUGACAUUAUCACGGGUCGUCAGACAUCUAUUCCACACCUGCUCCAUCCGGACAAUGCGAUGGAGAUGGAGAUUUGGCUUCGGAGAUGCUGUGAUCAGUCACUCCUUGGCGGGGUUGGUUGUUACACAUUUUUAUGUAUCAGUAACACAACUGGCUAUCCACCCCACACUGAUAGCAGAAAUGGGAGGAAGAGGCCGGACUUUCGGCAGGUUGUGUAAUGGGCCAGGGAUUAUUAAGUUAAUGACUGGUACCUGAUGGUCUCACAACUGCCCCUUUUAAUAGAAAAUCGUUCCACGGCCCUCGCCCCACGUGGCUUUCACGCGAGGCUUGCAUCCCCACACAUACCACGUCUAGAAUGUAGACGAUGACAAUAUUCAUGUUAAGUAAGAUUUGAAGCUUUUGAAUAUUUGAAUAUUCAUGUUCCCAGCAAACGCGGUGAACAAUGUGACACAAUAAAAUAUGUAAAUGAAAUUUGUAAGUUGUCUUCGUUACACCCAAAGAGCUGUGAGCUCUGCGUCAUCAUGACGUGUAAAGCUGGACCUCGUGCCUCUCCAGAAGAGCCAACUGUUUACCUCGCACGCUCAUUGUCUUGCAUGCAGGGCAGCCUUUUAUAUAAAGUGCCGACAACCUUUCUCAGCUGCAAACAGGAAGCGUUGAUUCGGCAUUCAUCUGACAAUUAUAGGAGUCAGUGUCUGGUCCCACAGAAAUUCGCCAUGUCCGAUACCAGUUACUGGGAGCAGGUUCAGUGGACCGGAGGCUUUGACAACGAAACAGAGUUUUGGGCAUCGGGGCCCCGCAGUCCGCUACAGAUCGCCGUCAACACCAGCAUCGCCUGCCUGGCUUUCCUCGGGAACGGCCUGGUGAUAACCGUCAUGCUGGUCAGACGCCGCAUGUUCAGCUCAACCGUAAAUCGCCUCAUCCUACACCAGUCCAUCAUUGACGCCAUUACGGCAGUGGUCUUCUUCCUUCACAGAGUUGUCAAGGACCCAAUUCCCGUGGUGUCUACUGAAAACAACUUCCACGACGAAUUGAUCUGUCGUUUUCUGUACGUAGACGUCUUGUUGUGGACUAUGUACAUGGCGUCCACUAGUAACCUCGUCAUCAUCUCGCUGGACAGGUUCCUGGCCACCUGCUAUCCGCUCAAACAUCGCAAAAUGAUUUCAUCGCAGAAAGUGAAGUUCACGGGAGCGAUUCCGUGGGGAGUCGGCUUGGCCCACGCUUUUCACUUUGUUUUUGUGUUUGAGCCGUACCAGGGGUAUUGUCGGCCUGUGCCUGUGGACCCAACUCUUGCGCGGGCCACUUCUCUCAUAGCGGUGACAACAGAGUACCUGUUGCCCAUUGUAAUUCUGCUGUAUACGCAUGCCAGAAUAUAUAUCACUUUGAGGAAGAGAAAUAUGCGUCCAGGAAACCCGCGACAGAAUUUCUUUCGCAGCGCAAAGGAGAACGUGCGGAAGAUCGUCCUGCUUGUCGGCAGUGCGUUCAUCAUCUGCUGGACCCCUGCCGAGUUCGAGUUUGUCGCCGCAACGUUUGGCAUUUUUGUCAGCGAGUCGGUGUAUGAAGCAUUUAUCGCGUUGGUGGCCUGCAACAUGGUUGUGAAUCCCAUCAUUUACUGCUUCAUGUACGAACAUUUUCGAACUCAGCUGAAGGGGGUCCUCCGGGCAGGGCUUCGAAGAAACCGAGUGCACCACGGGCAGCUCCCUCCAACCUGAUUUGUCUCUUUCAGUGCCGCUGUGGCUACUGGGAACUGCCUUGCACUCGGGAGAUUUCGUACAGACCUAAAACGGCACAAGAAAUUUGAAUCCUGUUAUAUUAUUGCCAUGAAUCACCAGAUGUAUUGAGCAACGGCAGAUUGUGCACAUUUUGAAUGGUUUAUUGUAAACUUACGAUACAUUAUUGUCACAACCUGUGGUUUGUUUAAAGUAUUUGUUAAAUGUACGGAGUGUAUGAAGAGUAACGUUGCACGAAAAUUCAAACAAGUGUUUGUCGACUUCCAAUUCCUUGGAGAGCCAAUAUCGACUUUUCAUCGGUAAACAAUGUUAUAUUUGCAAAUUACACGUAAAUAUUAAAAUAUGUGCUUAUUAAUUAAUGUGUGAAAUGAUGCCUGACAAUGAAACGACUACUGAGUUCGCAUAAGACGAGCGGUAACACAAAAUUUCGGAUAUUUUGGGUAGUUAUGGUGAUUUUGAUGUAAACUCUCACCGGCAUUGGAAGGUAUUGCCCGGGAACUAUGAAUGGAUUUCCACUUCCAGUGCCUUGGGGAGCGAGCUUAUGACGAUUACUUAUCUUCAAACCAUAUAAUUAUAGAA